AAUGUCUGAGGGCGGCAGUUGGAGCGACGUGGCAUUGAGGCUGGACGCGAAAGUCCUCAGGCCGGGGAUCACGCCGGAGGAGAUGGCGGCCGGCUACGACGAGUGUUCCGAGAACUACGAGGAGAUGGUGAUCUGGAAAGGCGAGUACCGUGGCCCCGCCAUCACGCUGGAGGAGGCGCUGCGUUGGGUACCCCCGGAGCGGCGAGCCAAGGCCAGGGUGCUGGACGUGGCCGCCGGGACGGGCUGCGUGGGCCGCGAACUCCACCGGGAAGGCUUCAGGCACAUAGACGCUGUGGACCCGUCGGAGGGCAUGAUGAAGCAGCGGGAGACUGGUAUCUAUACCAAUGACUUCCUGGAGUUUAUCGGCAGCGGACACUCCACCGUGCCCAAAGACACAUACGACCUGGUGGUCAUCUCGGGCGGUAUGGGAGAAGGUCACAUCCCACUCAGUGGCCUCGACGACCUGGUGCGCGUCGCAAAGAACGGAGCCUUCGUGAUCAUCGUGAUGCGCCAUGAGUUCCUACAGACCGUGCCUUCCUACAAGGACAAGCUGGAGCCUUACAUGGACCAGCUGGAGGCGGACGGGAAGUGGAAGAAGAUGGAGCGGCGCAUCGUCCCAGACUAUUUAUGUGGCAAGGAGGGUCUCGUCUUCGUCUUCCGCAUCACUAAGCCUGAGUGAGGAGGAAGAGGAGGGAAGGGAAAGGAGAGAGAUGAAGAGGAGAAGUUAUAGUGGUGCUGUGCCAAGGCCGUCUCUGUGUAACAGCCUUGGCUUUCGUCGCGGCACCCGAGACUGAGGUGUGAAUUAUCGUGCUCUGGCAACCUGGUGUCAUGGCGAUUUCGAUAUUAUAUGAUAGUCUACGCAUAGCAUACAUUUGUCAGUAUUAAUCAUAUUAUUAAAAUUGUCGCAAAAAUCUGUUAUAGUUUAUAAGGCUGAGGCUGCAGAAUGCUUAACCUAUACCAUAUACAGGGGCCUUGUCCGCCCUCGUAUGGGGUAUGCAUCGCACGUGUGGGGGGCUCCACCCACACAGCUCUUCUCUACCUUUCGGCCACUCCUCUGUUGUAAAAAAAAAAAUAAGGUCGC